AUGGCUGAUAGUGUGGAGUUCUCAAGUUCAGCCUCCUCUGCUUCCUGCUGUCAGAUAAAGGAAAAUGCAGUAGAACGAUACAUGGCACAAAUAAAGAAACUUCGAGAAAAGAACCAAAAGUAUCAUGAAAGAAAUAGACGCUUAAAGGAUGAACAGGUUUGGCACAUCCGGAACCUACUAAAGGAACUGAGUGAAGAGAAGUCAGAGGGAUUACCAGUUGUAACAAGAGAGGAUGUUGAAAAAGCAAUGAAGGAAAAAUGGAAGUUCGAAAGAGACAAGGAACAAAACUUGAAAGAUAUGCGCAUGCAAAUAAGUAAUGCUGAGAAACUAUUUCUUGAGAAACUCAGUGAGAAGGAAUAUUGGGAAGAGUACAAGAAUGUAGGGAGUGGACAACAUGCUAAACUCAUUAUCUCCUUACAAAAUGACAUCAAUACAGUUAAAGAGAAUGCAGAGAAAAUGUCAGAACAGUAUAAAAUCACUCUGGAAGAUGCUAGAAAGAGAAUAAUCAGAGACACUUUAUUGCAACUGGACCAAAAGAAGGAGUGGGCCACAGAGAAUGCUGUAAGAUUCAUUGACAAGAGCAGCUGUCGAGAGAUCUGGGAGAAUGACUGGCUAAAGAAAGAGAUUGCAAAUCACAGGAAGGAAGUUGAAGAAUUGGAAAAUGCUAUUUAUGAACUGGAAGAAGAAAAUUUGGUGCUUAUUGAUCAACUAUUCAACUGUAGACUUGUGGAUCUCAAAAUACCCAGGCGACUAUAUCUUACCCAAGCUGCUGGACAGGAAGUGCCACCUGAAGAAAUGCCUUUGGAGUUACCAGAAACAUAUAUAGUCAUCCCAGAAAAGUCAAAAUCACAACCCAUAGAAGUAAAAAGUAGAGACACGAUGAUCUCAUCAGUUGGGAGCAGUGCUCUACAUCUUAGUCAUGAGGAUAGCAUCGGAUACGGCCAGUAUCUGAAGACAGAUGAAGGAGAGAGCUCAUGUAUAGAGUUUGGGACCUCUGAUAUGAAAUACUUACUGUAUGAGGAUGAGCUGGAUUUCAAGGAUUAUGUAAAGUUGGGACCCCUGGAAGUGAAGCUCAUGAGUGUGGAGGGCAAGAAAAUGCCCAUUCAUUUUCAAGAGAAGGAAAAUCCAGUCCACUUCUGUGAAGAUGUCAGGAGCCCAGAAAGCCACAUCACGUAUAAAAUUAGGAAGUCUUUUCUCUAAGACUGAAA